CCAUACCAUCGCCGCCACCGCCAUUCGUGCCUCCUCCACCGCCGUCUACUUUGCAUUGCCGCCGUUCUUCCCUUCCUCAUCGCCGCCAUCUACAUACUCUGGCCCUCCUACCCUAACCUCUCUAUCGUCCGCCUCCGGCUCGAGGGCCUCCAAUUCCAUACUCGCCCCAAAAUCUCCCUCGACAUCAAACUCGACCUCACCGUCAAGGUCCGGAACAGAGACUUUUACUCAAUUGAAUAUGACUCAUUAGCUGUCGCGAUCGUGUACAGAGGGGAUCGCCUGGGGUACGUCUCCUCGGACAACGGCUACGUCAGAGCUCGUGGGGAGUCUUAUGUUAACGCCACGCUCCAGUUAGAUGGAGUUGAGAUUUUGUCGGACGCGAUUCUGUUGCUGGAAGACCUAGCCAAGGGUUCGGUUCCGUUCGAUACCGUCACAGAGAUUGAUGGGAAGCUUGGAGUUUUCUUCUUCGACAUUCCUUUUAAGGCAAAAACAUAUGUGAAAUAAUUUUAAAUGCACACAACCAAACAAUUGAUCAUCAAAGCUGCCACCCUGAGUGAUGGAAUAUUGGACACUGCCCAAAAAUUUCUAAACAGAGCUAGGAGAUGAGGUUGUUCUUGCAGAUUGCCAAAUAGAGAACCUCGUGCUGCCCAGGUUAUUGAUACUUUAUUUUUGGAUUAUUACCCAUCUCUUUUCAUGUAUAUGGGGCAAACAUUUGUCUGGAUGUAAAUUAGUAUGCAUAUCGUAUGUAUGUAAGUUAUUUGGAUACAAGAAAUUGAGUAUGAAUAGAUGUAAAAUCUGUUAUAUUGUACACAGGCGUGCACACACGCGCGUACACAACCCCAUCCGGUACAAUGAAUUUCUUGAUCUUAUUCUUAUGGUGCACAAUGAACUGAAAUUAGGAUCCAGGUGGAGAGAUACAAAUUUUCAUAUAUAUGAUUUUAUGCAAAAACAUUACAGUGGAGGAAAUUCAUACAGUGGAAAUAUGAUCUAAUUUCUCCUUGUUUGCUAGGAUGAUGAAACAUAUGUAGUCUUACUAACUAGGUCUGUUUCCCGGACCUACCCACUCGCAUUCUGCAUGAUGAUAUCUACACCUGAACGAACCUGGGUGGUGCGUUGGUGAACACACGCAUCUUUUCAUUCCUCCACCACUGCCACUGUUAGCCCCAGCUGUAUUAACUGUUGCUUGCUGUCUUUCAACCUCUACCACAGCUGGUGGUGAUGGUGGUAUCACAGGAGAAACUACUCUCCCCCGUUGAGGACCGGCCUGGCUGUACAGACCCACCCAAUAUGCACUCGGGUAACACAUCUCUUGUUGCAAGAAGGAAUAGUUUUACAUUCAACAA